AUGAAGCUGACCUGCAUGUUCUCCUUCAUCCUGCUGUUUGGCGCAGCUGGGCUUCUUGUCUUCAUUCAUCUGCAGGAUCCAGAAGAAGUCAUCCAUCAGCAAUCACUAGGAAUGAGAUAUAACAUGGAAUCUCAUCAAACCAGAAAAGACUGCUCGUCCAGUAACGAUCAGGAUGGGAAAACGCAGGGAAACGCCGGCGAUGAGUUCCGCCUUGCAGACCACGGGGGUUCCUUACUCUUGGUGCAGAACGGGCCUACGAGGCAUCAGGGCACCGGCAUGAAGAAAAACUUCUUGGCCAUGAUUAAAGACCACCAAGGACAGGGCACCGAGGUUCAUCCUGCCAGAACUCACAAGCGACGGAGGCGAUUCGUCAUCAAAAAGAGUGUGAUCCCAGCUGCGGCAAGCGACUCCUUUCUCAAGGGAUCUGCUGUGGAAUCAGAGGAGAGACGCGACGUCAAAUGGAGGGGCCUCUAUGAGACCCAGCGCGAGCGGAAGCGGAUCAUGCGGGAGACCUGUGUGAAGUACAGGAGCAACAGCAAAAGAAUCAUCACGCCAUAUCACGUCUCCAGGAUAUUUGUCGAAGAUAAGUACAGAAUUUUAUACUGCGAGGUCCCCAAGGCCGGGUGCUCCAACUGGAAGAGGGUGCUGAUGGUCCUCGGUGGGCUGGCGCCCUCCACCAAGGUCCUCCAGCACAACACCGUGCAUUAUGGGAAUUACCUGAAGAGGCUGGAUGGCUUUGACCGCAAAGGGAUAAACCGCCGGCUCAGCACCUACACAAAGAUGCUCUUUGUCCGUGAACCUUUUGAAAAAUUGGUCUCGGCGUUUCGGGACAAAUUCGAGCAUCCAAACACGUAUUACCACCCUGUUUUUGGCAGGCCAAUCAUUUCAAAGUACCGCCUCAAUGCCACGAAGGAGGCACUGAGAACAGGCGCAGGGGUGACUUUCCACGAGUUCAUCCAGUACCUUUUGGACGUUCACCGGCCCAUGGGCAUGGACAUCCACUGGGACCACGUCAACAGGCUCUGCAGCCCGUGCUUGAUCGACUACGACUUUAUAGGUAAAUUCGAAAGCAUGGAGGAAGAUGCCAACUUCUUCCUGCAUUUAAUAAACGCUCCACAAAAUUUGACUUUUCCUAGAUUUAAAGACAGACAUUCUGACGAAGAGCGAACAACCACACAAAUUAUGCAGCAAUAUUUCACACAGCUUUCCCCUUCUCAACGGCAACGCAGCUAUGAUUUCUAUUAUAUGGAUUAUAUGAUGUUUAAUUAUUCAAAGCCUUUUGAAGACCUGUAUUAA